ACACAGCUUAAAAUGGGAGUGACUAAUAUACGAGAUAGCAGAGCUCACAGUCACACUAAACAUUUUGACGUGGUCACCGACGUCCUCAAUUGGACACACUCAUAGUGGACUGCACAUAUAAAUGCCACGCGGAGGCGGACAUACGGUGUACACUCAACUGCAUCCUAACGCAUCAAGGCUGCAAUAAAUACAGAACGUCGCUGAAAUAUCUACGAGAAAAGACUUCUGAUUGUAUUGAAGAUUCGCUUAUUUACUCUCUGUUAAAUUACUAUUAAAGUAGAUACAAUGGAAUACCAAAAAGCGACAGAAUUGAACAGUUUGUGCAAUGGCAAAAUUGUAACAGAGUAUCUCUGCCGUAAUGGCUUCAGCGAGCUGUCGGUCGAAUCGAAGAAAGUCGCCGUCCAGCAAAAAAACGAGACGUCCCGGGAAGAGGCGGAGGACGAGUCGCGGUUACCGGCUAUAGAGGCGGCAUACACCACCAUACUGCGAGGUCUUGGAGAAAACACUGACCGACAGGGUCUCCUCAAAACUCCGCUGCGAGCUGCCAAAGCCAUGCAGUUCCUGACCAAAGGGUAUCACGAAACCAUCUAUGAUAUCCUUAAUGAUGCCAUCUUUGAUGAGGACCAUGAGGAGAUGGUUAUCGUGAAAGAUAUUGACAUGUUUUCUCUUUGUGAACAUCACCUAGUACCAUUUUUUGGCAAGGUUCACAUAGGAUAUCUGCCAAGUAAAAAGGUUGUUGGCCUCAGUAAGCUUGCAAGAAUCGUUGAAAUCUACAGUCGCAGACUUCAAGUUCAAGAGCGCCUAACUAAGCAAAUUGCAAUGGCAAUCUCUGAAGCCCUGCAGCCUGUAGGCGUGGCCGUUGUCAUUGAGGCAGCUCACAUGUGCAUGGUCAUGCGUGGAGUGCAGAAGAUGAACAGCCGUACUGUGACCAGUGCCAUGCUGGGCAUGUUCAGGGAGGACCCAAAGACUCGAGAGGAGUUCCUGGCCCUGACCAAAAGUGCAUAUUAACCGUCAAUUUGCAGCUCCGAUCCAUUAAUGUGUUUAGAGGCAAAAAGGUCAAUGGUUGUUUUGAAAAUCCUCCAUGGUGCUAAGCGAAUCUCAAUGAGAGAGAACUGUAGAUCUUUCCACCAGCUGCUGUGACACGAGUGUGCAGCUGAAACUCAGGGCUCCUCACUAUUUGCAUAUAUUAUGCCUAAAAUCUAAAAUGUGAAUCUUAAAGGAUUAGUGACGCCACACUUCUCUUAUGGAAAAACAGUCCUUGAAGUAUUUGCACCUUCAGAACAUACCAGAAUGCCUAUUAAAUAGAUAAACAAAUUUUAACUUUUUGCUUUUUAGUAUGUAACAGGUACUCCUAUUAUUUUGUUUUGUGUUUCUCUUUGUUAUAAAUUAUGUUUUAGCUUUUUAAUAUAUUCAAACUAAGUUAGUGUUUUGUCUCAAAUAAUCCUGUAACAUGUUUACAAAUUUAACCAAUUAAUGUUUAAAAUAUAGAAAAAUUUCAGGUAUUACUUAAUAACUGCAAUAGUUAUAUUUAAGGGGUCAAAUGUUGAAUAAUUUGUUGUUAAAAAGUCAAAAUUAUACUAAGCCAAUGACGUGAUUACAAUCGUGUUUGCACCAUUUGUAUGUAUAUUGUAACUUUUUUGAAUUAUAACAAUAUUGGAUUGUGUUAAAAGAAACUCAUUGUGAACAUCAAAUACAUUAAAGUGCCAUUGUAAAACUUU